AUGUACUCAUUAUUAGAAAAUAAAACAGCAUAUGAAGUUAUGAGUACUCUGGAAUUUCUUCAACAUUGUGAAGAGCCUGUUCAAGAUAAAAGACAAUCGUGGGUACUUGCGAGUUUGUCGCCGGCAUUUACUAAAAUGUUACCAACAAUUUGGGCCAGUACACCUUUUACAACAAAUGUGGGAGAAUCAGCUCAUGCGAACAUUAACUGGAAUGGAUAUGGGUUAUCUUUAUUGGCUGCUAUUCAAAG